AUGGCAGGUUUGUCUGUCUCCUCCAAUCUCUAUUUGUGUAUUUAUGUCAACUCACCCUUAAAAGUUUUUUCAUUUCUUUCUCCUCAGCCCAAUAAUCAGAUUUUUUGUGACAAAUUCAUGCCACAAAAAUGCCCUUCAAGUUUUUUUCUAAAGACACUUUGCUUCCUGUUAUAGCGCGGGUGAACAACUUUCCCCCCCUGCCUCAGUUCAUGAGAAUAAAGCCAUGCUUUUACCAGAACAUUGAAGAGGAAAUUCCAGCACCCCACCAACAGCUGGUGAAAAGAGUCUACACACUUUGGAUGAGUGAGUGACCGUACACAGAAAGUGGUUAUAAUUCCAUCUUUUUGUUUGAAAAAGUGCUUUAUUUAUUUCUGCUCAAGCUAGAAAGUGACCACUUCAUUUUUCUCCACUUUUCUCUCCUUUACAUAUCCACUAUAACUUCUAUCUGCAGUGUAUUCAGGCACGCUGUGCAUAAAUGUCAUCGGGUGUAUUGCUUGGUGGGCUGGGGGUGGUAAUGCCACCAACUUUGGCUUCUCCCUAUUGUGGCUCAUCCUCUUUAGCCCAUGCAGUUACACCUGCUGGUUCAGACCACUCUACAAAGCCUUCAGGUAGGUCACCUUCUGUUUGCUAUUUGUUGUUUUCAUAAUCCUGAAUUGAAGUGUUAAACAGAGAGUCUUUGUGCAUGUGUUCAUAAAGGUAUAAACUUGGGUGUCUGGUUAGCUGUGUUUCCUAGAUUUUAAUUUGUCUGGGAAGCCGUGAAUUCUCAUUAUGAAAGCUGUAGAAAGCAGUGAUUGGUUUAUCACAUUGAGACUGUAUUAACCAGAGCCCCGAGAGCUCAAAGACGGACGGAAACCACAGAAAAGGAAACUAGCCAGUGUACGUGUUAAGACACAGAUGCAAACUUGAGCGGUUGCUUGUAAACCUGGGCUGAUAGUUAAGUGCAAACGCUAAGCAUUUUGCUCCGACGCCCACAAAUUUCACUACACAUAAAAAAUACAUCAACGCAUAAGUAAAUUAGUCCUGCUUUUCACAAAUGGGCUCUCACAUCAUCGUAUUGUACGCCUAAGCCAGCAGGUAACCAUCUUUCCCAGGUGUGUAGAGAUUCUGCCCAUUAAUGAUAUUAUUUUUUGGCCAGAUAAUCCUGCAACAUUUUUGGUAGUACAGACUUAAAAAAAUACAUCAAUGUGUUCAUGAGAGCUUUAGGAUUCCUACAAUGGUCUUAUUAACAUUAUAGGAUUGAAGGAAAUUGCCCUAGGCGAAGAAGUUUUGAGGUUGUAAUGUCAUUAGGUGUAGAAGGAGAACUUCUUGUUAUGACCAUUGGUCAUUUAAUCCCUUUGAUUUCUAACCGCUGUUUAGAAUGCUUUGAUUAACACAUGAUCCUCACGCACACACGCAGGCGGUGUGUGCGCAUGAGGAUCUUUCUGUCUAUGUACUCUCCUCUCAUUUCUAGCAGUUCUGCAUGGCUUUUUCAGCUUUCAGCACUCCGCAUUUUCACACAUUUUCUAUAAGGAAAUGUAGUUUUUCUAGUACUGAUAAAAUCACUGAUAGCAAGCUCUCACCCCCUCCUACACUGACUCACCACAAAAAACAGGACGCUCCACCUGAAGUGUGUGAGAGGUAUCAUGGGUCAUUACCGCCUCCUGCUGUAAGACUCUACAACAAAAACUUCAGUGCGCAAUAAACUAUAUGAAUAUGUAUAUUCUGUACACAUGUAUGUUCUGUUCACAUGUAUGCAUAUUCUGUGUAUAUAGUUACAAAUAUAAAUAUCUCAAUUUUUCCAACUGUUAUAUAUCCAAAAAUGUACAUAACAGAAUAUAGAACAUUCCUUUAUUGAUCCCCCAUGGAGGAAUUUUUUUUGUCACAGCAGCAUCACAGACAAAGUGCAAAAAUGCAGUUAUAAAAAUAAAGAUUGUGCAUUAAGAAACUUAUAUAAAUGUAAUAAUUAAGAAAAAAAAUAGAAAAGGAAAAAGGGAGAAAAAAAAAAUAAAAUAAAACUAUAUACAAUAUACACAAUUUAAGUACCAGAAAAUAGAGGUGGUGUGAGUCCAGUUCUAUUACAGUUCGUUGUAAAGUCUUAUUGCAGAAGGGGGGAAUGACCUGCGGUAGCACUCCGUCUUGCAAGGUGGGAGUCUCAGUCUGCUGCUGAAGGAGCUGCUUAAAGCCCCCACAGUCUGGUGCAGUGGGUGAGAGGGAUUGUCCAUGAUGGAUACAAGCUUUGCUAACAUCCUCCUCUCACCCACCUCCUCCAGGGAGUCCAAGGAGAAAGCUGACAGCUGUAAAUAACACUCAUCUUUUUUAACUCAUAAGUUUCUUAAUCCUUUAAUUUGUCUUUUUGUGUUAAUGUGCUGCUGUAAAUUUGGAAUUUCCCCCUGUGAGACCAAUAAAGUUAUAUCUAAUCUUAUCUUAUCUUAUCUUAUCUUAUCAUGCAGUCUGUACAAGUCAGAAGAUUUGAUAAGAAAUCACAAAAGAGAUCUGGCCAGUAAGACCAAUGGGCCGUGUUCACAUCUGGUUAUCAGUGCACCUGUACUUUUUAAAAACUCUUUAAAAAAAAAAAAAAAAAAGGGUAAUUUCAGUUUAACAUAAAUUUUAGAAAGUCGUUGACUGUAUUUUCUGCAGCUAACGGUUAGACAGUCACCUUUUUCAUUCAUAGUUUUGUAUUUGUAUCUUUUUACUGGCUGUCAGGGAGCAUCACACAGAAUAAUUAAAAGAGGUUUUCUAAGCUGCAGAGCAGACUGUUUCAGCCAUUUGACCAUAGACUGUUUGGCUUUAUCCUUUUUCCAUUUUAUUUUGAAAAUUCACACUUUCCCUGUUGUGUCAUCUCCUUUUCCUUCUGUCUUCACAGGGCUGACAGUUCGUUCAACUUCAUGGCCUUCUUCUUUGUCUUCUUCCUGCAGUGUGUCUUGGCCCUCAUUCAGACCAUAGGCAUCUCUGGCUGGGGAACAUGGUAAGCAAACUGAACUAGCUUUUUGGUUCUAACCACAAAAAGUGUUUUUUUUUUUUUGUUGUUUUUCCACAGAAAGUGGGUUGUGGGAGCUAAGGUGCAAUGAUCAAGCCAGGAAAUGGUUGACACUUUGUCAUAAAACUGAGGGUGUUUUUGAAAUGGCUGGUGUUGCUGGCCAUGCUGGUUUCCAGAAUCAGCAUGCUCUGGGUGAUAGAGGGUUUUUCCACAACAUUGAAAAUGAGAUAGGUGUUUUAUAGGGAAGUUUAGUGAUUUAAAAAAAGAAGGGAGUGCAGUUGUGUAGCGGAAAAAAAACUGUGGUUUCAAUUUUGAUCACCAAGUUUUCCAAGUUUCAAGUUAACUAGUUGUGAGGUUAAGGUCUGGAAACUAUUAAACUGCUCACAUCAUAGACUGUAUAUACUAUGGACAACUUGGUUCUGCCCUCCGCCCGUAUAUGGAUUUGAGGCCAAAAAGUUCUCGAUAUUUCUGCGAUUUUUCUCCACUUCCUGAAACCAACACUGCACAGUAGUGUUGUACACACUCCUCCACUUGCUGCUUGGCUCAAACAGUGUAUCCCCCAAGUGAGCUACGCAAUCUUCGUACACCUAUAGGCUGUAUCAAGUGUCAAUCAUAGCAAACAUGAACCCCCUAAUAACUUUUAAAAACAGAGCUGUACAGAAAAAAAAGGACUUGAGCACAAACCAGUCUUACAAUAACUACAUGUCAACACCACAAGAAGGGGGGAGAAAAAUUUAUAUUCUGUGUAAUAAAUUUCUAAAGUUUGUCCACAGCUCCAGAAGCUUUGCUGGAGGAGGUGAGAUUUAUGACCUAUACUGUAGCCCGUCACCAGAGGGAGCUGUUCUCGGGGUGGCUUCACACAGCGAGGAGGCAGACAGCAUCUAUUCUAUAUACAGUCUAUGGCUUACAGCUGUAUAAAUCAGCUGUCUAUAUCCUGCUGUGAUAUUAAACAGAGACCAUGUGGGAUAUUGUUCUUUAAAUCAAAGCACCACUAUUUCCCUAACAAAGCACAAUGGUUUUGUUCAAUAACAGAACAUCUCCCUGUAAAAAUAACACUGUACACUCAUUGUGCAUUAUGAGGUGAAUUUUACACUUAUCAUUUCAAUGCUGUUUGUCACUGCGUCAGUUUCACUGCUUAAUUGCUCAUUAGUAGCUAUGUUUAUUUGUGUUCUAUCGACUUUUCUAAUUGCAUAUGGUGUGAUGCACUAACCUACUACUCCAUCUCACUCUCACUUAUUCAUCAAAGCGGCUGGAUUGCCACAGUGAUGUUUUUCAGCAGUAAUGUGGGUUCGGCUAUAGUGAUGCUUAUCACAGCUGUGCUCUUCUCUCUGGUGACUGCUUUAAUGGCACUCGUUCUAAUUAAGGUGAGUGAACACAUGCUCUGGAAAUCUCUGCACUAAUUUCAAAUGUUGGCCAAGUGUAUAAACCCAGACAGACUCUUGAAAACAGUCACAAAUGCCGAGUACGAACAUAUCCCCCUCCUCUCUCUUAUCAUCUUUCAGGUGCACAGGCUGUAUCGGGGUGGUGGUGGUAGUAUGGCCCGAGCUCAGGAAGAGUGGAGCACUGGGUUGUGGAAGAGUGCCCCGGUGAGGGAAGCAGGGUUCAAUGCUGUUGCUCAAACGGCCCAGGGCCCGAGCUUGCCACAGUACCCUGCCGCAGUGCCGAGCUAUCCAGACAACAGCCACUGGUGA